CUCUUUAAAACACACAAAUCUCUCUCGUGAUGUUGUAAUCAAAUCAAUCAACAAAUCUCUCGAACGAAACAAAAAUGGUUGAGCAAAAGAGAUUCGCUCUGUUUCUAGCGACGUGCGAUUCGACGUUCGUGAAGAAGACGUACGGAGGCUAUUUCAACGUGUUCGUCUCCACAUUCGGAGAAGAAGGAGAGCAAUGGGAUCUCUUCCGAGUAAUCGACGGCGAGUUUCCGGAGGAGAAAGAUCUUGACAAGUACGACGGUUUCGUUAUCAGUGGUAGCCUUCACGAUGCCUUUGGAGACGACGAUUGGAUCCUUAAGCUUUGUUCUCUUUGCCAAAAACUCGACGACAUGAAGAAGAAGGUUCUUGGUAUCUGCUUUGGCCACCAGAUAUUGUGUAGAAUCAAAGGAGGGAAAAUCGGAAGAGCAAGUAGAGGUGUGGACAUGGGACUAAGAAGCAUAACAAUGGCUAAAGACGCAUCAAAUUACUUUGGAAACCAGCUGGUCCCGAAAUCGUUAGCCAUUAUAAAAUGCCAUCAAGACGAAGUUUGGGAGCUCCCUGAAUCAGCCACAUUGCUUGCUUAUUCAGACAAAUGCAGCAUCGAGAUGUGCUCAUAUGGGAAUCACUUCCUCUGCAUCCAAGGCCAUCCUGAGUACAACAAAGAGAUUCUUUUUGAGAUCAUUGAUCGUGUCGUCAAUAUGAAGUUGAUGGAGCAAGAUUUUGCGGAUAAGGCUAAAGCAACGAUGGAGAACGCAGAACCAGAUAGGAAACAAUGGCAAACUCUCUGCAAGAACUUUCUGAAAGGAAGAUCCGAGCAAGUUUAAUGUCUGUAGAUCUUGAUCAAUAACGAUUUGUAAUCACAAUGUUUUCAAUCUAUUUC